AUGGACAGCCUACUCUUAUUGAGGCUGGACAUUGAUUUCUAUCAUUCUAGAAGGCGUUGUCUACUCACAAAGCCGACAUCUUUCCCCUACUUCCCGAAGUUCCUGUACCGCCAUUGCCAGCUCCAUCCGCCAACUUGCCAUGUCAUCGACGUUGCGUCCAGCCACGUCAUUUUCUCGUGA